GCAGUGUUUUAGUAAUAACGCUGAUAAAUUGCUGAGCCUAAUCAAGCGAGAUCAGAGCAUUUUAACUGACGUGGCCGAGCGUCAUAGUGUGGGCGUGGCUUAGUAUUGUCAACAUCCUGGUGACAUAACCAGUUUCUCCAAAAUGGCGACGGUGGACCAAAGAGAAGCAGGUCAGGACGACCCAGAGAGUGAAGAUGAGGUUUAUGAGGUUGUGGACCUGACAGAAUAUGCCCGAACACACCAGUGGUGGAGCAGGGUGUUUGGGAGCAACUCCGGCCCCAUUGCUGAGAAGUAUUCUGUGGCCACUCAGAUCGCGAUGGGAGGGGUGACUGGAUGGUGUGCUGGUUACCUGUUCCAGAGAGUUGGGAAGAUAGCUGCUACCGCUGUUGGAGGAGGGUUCCUUCUUUUACAGAUCGCCAAUCACAGUGGGUACGUUCAGGUGGACUGGAAGAAGGUGGAGAAGGAUGUGAACAAAGCAAAGAAACACCUGAAGAAGAAAGCGAACAAAGCAGCUCCUGAAAUAAACACAUUCAUUGAGGAGGUAAAGGCCUCAGACUUUUUAAAAAGGAACAUCGUUUUGUCCAGCGGCUUUGUCGGCGGCUUCUUUCUGGGUUUGGCCUCCUAAAUCCUCUGCACGCGCUGCAGCCUGCACUUCCUGUGAAUCAUCGCUACAGAGGUCACUUUCCUCUCCAUUGUUUACCUCGGCCCCGUGUGUGCAUCGAUUCACCAUUUAACUAACUGAACAGAAGGGGGAGGGGUUAUAUUGAACAUUAAAGCAUGAUCUGUUGUAUUAACUGCGUAACAUUGUUCUACUCCCCCGUUUUUAUAAUCAAACCUAGGUCAUUAGUUCCUUCUGGGAGGACCGAGCGCACAUUCGGAAGUGUGUGUGGUGGUUUAGUUGGGAUCGGAGUGGAUUAUACUGUGAAGAUUUUAUUCUGUGGGACCCGUAAUGACUGCUGAAUGGGUCAAGUUGCCAUAAACGAGCAGACUCCUCGCUGCUUCUUCAACACUGAUGUGAGUCUGGAUCCCCUCGUGUAUCUGCCUGGUGGGCGCUGAUCUCAGAUUGUUAUAAAUUGUCAUGCGUGGGCACCUUUGUAAAUGCAUAGCCAACCCCUUUUCAGGUGUAAAUACCCACAAAAGGGUCAAUAUUAUAUAAACAAAAGUGGGAAGUUAACACCAUCCCCCAGUCUAGUGCUUUUUCUAUGUAGCUGUGAAAUUAAUGUGCCAUCUAAGCAUGUAAGGACACUGGCUGGGGGCUUAAAGUUAUUUUUCCACGCUGAGAUGUUAAUAUAAAACGCAUAUCAUAAAUCACAAUUAAAUGUUACAUCUGUGUAUGCUCCCUUACUGUACUUUUACACUGACCACAAAGGAAGUAUUAAAUACAGAUCCUUUAUUCCCAUAAUCCUCAGCGCCACAAUGCCCUUUAAUGACAGGAUGAUAAUUACUGUCGCCACAAGCCAGACAUCUAACGCGACACCAGUCCCGUCAUUAAAGAGCGUAAUGGAGCAGCGAUUGUGACUCCUACGCCCGGCCGCUCGCUAUUGUCAUUGUGCAUUUAGUGUCAUUAUAGCAAUAACACGAGACGCUGCCGUGUCGUGCUUAUUCACAUGAUCUAGAUUGAACGUCCACACUGGAGUUCGCUUAAGUUGAUCACGAGUUGCUUAUUUAGUUUUUUUUGGCCUUUUUCUACCGGUGCAAUAUUCAGUGUUACAGAGCGUAGGUCAUGUCUCCAACUGGCUUUUUGUAUGCUCAUAUUCCCUCAUUGUUGUUAUGAGCUGUAUGAAUUUGGUUGUGUGUCUCUUUUAAAAUAAAGUUGCCUGAUAUUG